AUGAUCAACCACAUCACCCGAAGCUGCGACACUCUACGAAUCCACAACAUCGAACCAAAUACCACUACACUAGACAAUAUGCCUCCCUCCCUCAACCUCGCAGCCACUCCUGCGGAGGAUUUCCCCAUGUUCUCCCGCCUCGCGCCCGAGCUCCGAGUCAAGAUCCUUCGUCAAGCCGUCCUCGAAGAGAAGCCUCGAACAAUAUACCUGUUUCUGAUGCCUGGAACUAGCCCAAAGAAACUCUGGAGAGCAUACACCUCCUCGAAUAUUGCUCUGAUGUCAGUCAGCCGUGAAGCUCGUUCGGAAGCCAUCAAUCUAUACCAGCAGCCCUUCGGCAUUUCAACGGUCCAAGGCCAGUCGACGGCAGAGCGUGGUCCGCUUCAUGUGGAUUUGGCAAAGGACUUGAUCUACCUCAGCGCCCCAGAGAGAAUGGAAGGUGAUGACCCUAUUGUCAUCGCUGAAGUAUUCGAGAGUGUGUUCGAUACCACUUUCACUAUCAAGGACUUCUCGAUCAACUUGGCCCUCGACUUCUUUCUCGCAUUCUUUCUCCACAUCGAGGUUAUUACCAACUUCCACGAGGAUGGGCCGCUAAUCGACCUGACGCCAUGCAAAAUGCACCUGCUCCGAGGGCUUACCAUAGUCGCGGACACCCUCUCACUCAAGUACCGGAGCCGGAAGAUGGUGAUAGGCAACGCUCGGUCUGCCCGAAACGGAGUUGCGGUCUUUGCUGAAAACCUUGAAAAGCUCCUACAGCUGGCCACUCCAAUGCUUUCUCAACCAGUGCUCCAGUCUGUGAAUUAUGCUAUCAGAGUGCGAUCACUUGAGCAUGCAUCCUCCGCCACUAACUUGGCGGACAAUGCUGUUCAACCAGUACAAUUUCUUGGGGAUCCUCUGGGGAAGUUGCGUUCUCACUCAGAACAGGAAGUCGCGGCUCCGGACUUUGAGACCUUCUUACGCAACCCUCGUCUUCGGCUCGAGUUACGAUUGAUGAUCAGACGAAAUGCGUUUUCAGGCCGAAUAACCCAUCUCGAGAACCUCUUCAACGGCGUGGUAUUCUGGUCGAAAGCCAUAGCCUCCGACAACAUCGGCCUGCUAUCCAGAAACAAAGAGGCCCAAAGGGGAAGGCGUUCCAGAAGCUCUGCAUCCAGCUCAUUCGACUGUACCCAUGACCCCGGCCAAGAGAAGCCACUCCGUUCCAAAUCUUCUGUAGAAAUGUCAUACCUCGCCGACAGGGAGGUCGGCCUCGAGAUCUUCAAGAGGGUCCUCCGCGCUACGCCAUCUCCGACAAAGAGACCGUUGGAGGAGGGAUCCGUAAGCAUGGAGGUCUUCGGAGAUGUACGAUUUCCAGCUUUGUAA